AUGGGUUCAUGUACUUCCAAGGACACUUCACAAGUAAAUAAUACAUCCAAACCAGCUAUUUCAACACAGGCAAAACGACAAGAACAAACACAAGCUGUAAAUAAGAAGCAACAAACUUCACAGCAGUCCCAACAGCCCCAGUCGUCGAGUCUACAUCCAAGUCAACAGCACCAGCACCAGCAGCACCAGCAGCAUCUGACUGGAUCAAUCAGUGAUCAUGAGAAAUCAAACAACUCUACUCUAGAUAAUAACGGGCAAUCAGCAUUUGGCCUGGCUAAUGAGAAGCAAAUGGGCCUGUCCAAUGGCGUAACCAACGGUACAGAAACAACCAUCAAUGGUGGUAAUGGCACAAUGGAUCAAGCCAUGAAUCCCGUUGAUGCGGCAGCAAAAUCAAAUACCGAACACGAAGUUAAAGUGCUACUUUUAGGAUCUGGAGAAAGUGGUAAGUCGACAAUUGUCAAGCAAAUGAAAAUUUUACAUCAAAAUGGAUAUACCCAGGAGGAAUUGUACGAAUACAAGCCAUUUAUUUACAAGAAUGUAAUGGAUUGCAUAAAGAAUGUUAUUAAUGCUAUUAUCGAUUUAGAUCCGGAGCUAAUCAAGCCUAAAGGAGAAGACGGCAUCGACGGAACUGCUACUACCACCUCAGAUGCACAAGAUCAAACUGAAGUUGUGAAUGGCACUUGGCGCAAGCAUGUGCUUGAUUACGACUCUCUAAAUGAAGUGUUGGAUUAUGAGAUCCUCCUAGACGGAUCCAAUGAUGCAGUAUUUGAUCAAUCUAUAGCAGAAAAGAUUGAACAAAUUUACAACACACCCGAAGUUAGGGACUUUAUGAUUCACAAACAAGGACAAUUUUAUCUUAUUGACUCGACAGAAUAUUUCAUGACAAAUUUGAAAAGAAUUGCUCAACCCGAUUAUAUUCCAUCAACAACCGAUGUGUUGCGUACUCGAAAAAAGACAUCAGGUAUAUUUGAUUUCACAUUUGACAUGGGUAACAACUUCCACAUCCACAUGUUUGACGUCGGUGGACAGCGAUCAGAACGUAAAAAGUGGAUUCACUGUUUUGAUAAUGUCACAUUAAUCAUUUUCUGUGUCUCACUCUCAGAAUACGAUCAAGUACUAUUGGAGGAAAAUAAUCAAAACCGAUUAGAAGAGAGCAUUGCAUUAUUUGAUUCCGUUGUGAAUUCGCGAUGGUUUGCUAGGACCAGCGUUGUAUUGUUUUUGAACAAGAUUGAUGUAUUUGCUGAAAAAUUGCAAUAUUCACCUUUGGAAACCCAUUUCCCUGAUUAUACCGGUGGUAACAAUAUUAAUAAGGCAGCAAAGUAUAUUUUAUGGAGAUUUAACCAGGUUAACCGUUCAGGAUUAAAUAUCUAUCCUCAUGUGACUCAGGCUACUGAUACGAGUAAUAUUCAAUUGGUUAUGGCUGCUGUUAAGGAGACAAUUAUGGAAAAUACAUUGAAAGAUAGUGGACUUAUAUAG